AUGGCUACCCCCUCAGCGGCCCAGAACUUGGGGUCAGAUAUUUUCUUCAAUACGUCUGUGCCUACCCUUAAGCUUGGUGUUGAAGACUCUAUUUAUCACCCUGAAUCCACCAAAGGUCCAAACAUGGAACAGCUUCAAUGGCCUAGAAUUCGAACCAUCUGGCAGGAUGCCUUUUCUGAGUUCUUUGGUACCAUGAUUCUCGUUUUAUUCGGCUUAGGCGCUACUGCACAGAGCGCCCUUUCCAAGGGCGUAAAGGGCGAGUAUCAGAGUAUCCUAUGGGGCUGGGGUACCGGUGUUAUGCUCGGGUCGUACGUCAGCGGCAAGUCUGGCGGCCACAUCAACCCGGCUGUUACUUUAGCAAGCUGUGUCUUCCGCGGCCACCCUUGGCGAAAAUUCCCAAUCUACGCUCUAGCCCAGACACUUGGUGGUAUAGUGGCCGCUGCUAUUGUAUAUGGCAACUACCGCGUCGCCAUUGAUGAAUUUGAAGGCGGCGUUGGCGUUCGCACCGUCACUGGCCCUCAUGCUACUGCCGACCUCUUUGCUACUUACCCUGCUGGUGCUUUUAUAACACGUACCAACAUGUUCUUUGAUGAAUUCCUCGCUAGCUCAAUUCUCCAGUUUAUUAUUUUUGCACUGUCUGAUGAGUUCAACAAUUUUGGUGCUGGCCCCCUCAAGCCCCUAGGCCUCUUCUUUCUUGUUCAUGGCAUUGGCGCUGGCUUUGGCUGGCAGACUGGUUAUGCGAUUAACCUCGCCCGUGACUUUGGCCCCCGACUAGUCACCUACAUGGCUGGUUACGGCCCUGAAGUCUUUUCCGCUGGCGGCUAUUACUUCUGGUUGCCCCCUUCUUAG